UAAAAUAAGGCGGGAGAACUCGCAGCGUCGAAAUAGGCUGCAGGACCAGAAGCAAGAGCAGUAACUCUGUUAACAUUCCACUAUUCAAAAGAGUAACUUAAAUUUUUUUUAAAUUUUUCACGGCGUCAAGUUGUAAGCCAAAAAUUAAAACGAAACUACAAAUCUCCAAGUGAAACAAUAGAUACUAGUGAAGAAACGUAGAGGAAAUAAUAUAUACAGCUAAGUGAGCGCAGCGAAUAUUUAUAAGGAAUAAGUAACACAAGACAACAACAAUUUAUCUACCACAUACUUCAGGGGUCGAGAACUAUCACAUUUAAACUUCAGGAGGGAAGACAGCGGAAAAGCAGUUCCUGAAGUGAAUUUAAAUUUCAAUUGCGUCAAAUCAUGAAAGGGACAUUCUUUCUGUCUAUCGGUGUAGCAGUGACCUGUCUGCUGUCGUUGGGUCAAUCAGAGGAAGCCAAAGUACAAAGCGUCCACAGUGAUCAGACGAAUGACGCGGCUGACCACCCUAGAUUAAAAAGGGGUCUGGCAAUGUUGCGGCUGGGCAAACGAGACAGUGCGGACAUUGACAAUCUAGCCGAACUGUUGUACCAGAUGCGAGAGAGUGAAGAACUGGGCGCCGGCUCGGAAGGGGAAGACCCCGAGGAGGUAGAAGAACUUGAAGUGCCUGCUCAGCACCCACGCGUUAGACGAUCCGCACAGAGCCCAACGGAAAACCCUCACCACGAGGUCUUGGAAAACUCCUCGAACGUUGAAGAGUUUGUGGAACACGAGCCUCGGCUUGUGGACGAUUCCUACUUUUAUGUCUUCCCUGACGGCUCCGAAGAGCUAGAGCCAAGCGAAGGCGGGGAAGAUGCUGACAAUUUCGAUGAAUUGGAAAAGCGGUCGAUGAAAAUGCUCAGACUGGGUAGAAGCGCUACUGAUGAUGAUAUUUUCACCAACGAUAAAAGGCAACUCAAAAUGUUAAGGCUAGGCAAAAGAGGAGACGCCAGUUUCGACGAGGAAUUCGAUGAUGAAAUGGACAAAAGGUCACUCAAAAUGCUUCGUCUUGGCAAGCGUCCAAUGAAUAUGCUUCGUCUCGGAAAACGCCCAAUGAAUAUGCUUCGUCUUGGAAAACGUCCAAUGAAUAUGCUGCGUCUAGGAAAACGCCCAAUGAAUAUGCUGCGUCUCGGAAAACGCCCAAUGAACAUGCUCCGUCUUGGAAAACGCCCAAUGAGCAUGCUACGCCUAGGAAAACGCCCAAUGAAUAUGCUGCGUCUUGGAAAACGCCCAAUGAAUAUGCUGCGUCUCGGAAAACGCCCAGCUGAUUUGACAGAUGCUGCUGAGGACGAGAAAAGAUCCAUGAAAAUGUUGAGAUUAGGAAAGCGGUCCGCCCAUUAAUACAAUUAUUUUAAAAUAUAAAUAUGUUUUAAAAUCUCAUUUCAAGUUCCUUGUUUGUUUUUUCCUUUUCAACUUUCUUUGAGCGUCUUCAAGUCAUAUCUCUGCAACUUUAUAACAAAGGAAGAAUUCGACCCACUUUGUUUUAGGACAAUUUGCAUUAUGUAAAUUUAAGGUCAAUAACUCUUUUUUUUUCUCUUUUUUGUGAUAUAUAAUGAUAGAUUACAUUAAAAAUUAAAAAUAUUUAUUAUGUGAACAA